UGUGACAAUGCGUUGCUUCCGUGGUUUCCAUAGCAACGUAAUAUUCUCAAACAAAACCGCCUCGCGGUUCGCUUUAUCCCUACAACCUCUUUAAAACAGUUUAGCUAGCUCACAUUUCCAAAUUUUCUGAAGACCACAAGAGACAGCUCUAGUCACUGUUGUGGGCUGAAUGCUUGGCUGAAGCUGAAAAGAUCCUCUCUAAAGCAGCGUCUGUGACGAGCUACCAUGGUACGCCUCACCAUAGAUCUGAUUGCUAAAUCUAGAAACCACUUCAAAAAGAAAAGGGGGCUCUCCUUCCAAGACUACCUCAAGACACUCACCCACCUCCACUUUUUCAGCAGGAGUAUAGAAGAUAUCGGUGAUCUUUCCAUGUGUAGAAACCUCACUGUUCUUUACCUGUAUGAUAAUCAGAUCACACACAUUUGCAACCUUGGCUUUGCCUCCAACCUCACCCAUCUGUAUAUGCAGAACAACAACAUCACUCGUAUAGAGAAUCUAUCCAAUCUGCGGAGGCUCUCCAAGCUGUAUCUGGGUGGAAACAUGAUUGCAGUGGUGGAGGGGUUAGAAACUCUCUGUGAGCUCAAGGAGCUUCAUCUGGAGAGUCAGAGGCUGGCACCAGGGGAAAAGUUGCUCCUUGACCCCAUGAAUCUCCUCUCACUGGCUAAAUCUCUUUGUGUCCUGAAUAUCAAUAACAACAACAUUGAUGAUAUCAGGGACCUGACAGUGCUGAAGGAACUCCAGAGGUUUUCUGCUGCUGACAAUCGAUUGCACAGUAUGGAGGAGUUAGAGGAUGUGUUCAGCCACUGGCCUCACCUGCUUGACAUGGAUUUGGGUGAAAAUCCUGUGUGUAAAAAACCUAAGUACAGAGACCGCCUGAUAACCGUGUGCAAAAGCCUCAAGGUUCUCAAUGGCCGAGAAAUUAAGGAGUUAAACAGACAGUUCCUUAUUAACUGGAAAGCAUCCAAAGAGGCCAAGAAGAAAACAAAUAACAAACAUUUGAUUGGUGGACCGUUGAGCUCCUAUCCCUCCCUAACAAAUGACUUUAACGUGGGUCAGGGUCCACAUCCUGGUCACGUCUGCAGCCACGCUAACUUGCAGAGGUGGAAGCCGCAGCAGCCCCUCAGGUCCAUCAUAGUUCACACAGACCUCACUUAACGUCUCACUGCAUUUCAUUACUCACUAAAUAUAAAACCAUAGACAUCAAAUUAGCAACGUUACAACCAGCUGUCAAUUUGUUUACUACAUGAUGAAAUGUACAAAUAAUGAGUGAUGACAACUGCUAAUAGGUUUGAACUCACCCCACAUCCUGAUUCAUCUUACAAUUCUCCCCAAAUUCAAGAAGACAUGUUUUUAGAUUAGUUUCAUUGUAAAGUGGUAUCAGUUAUUUUAAUUUCCCUCAUUCCUUCCUCUUGACAAAUUAUUUGCUAUUUUGUGCUCAUGUUCCCUUGAUUAGCAGUGGUGUAAUAGUGCUUUCAGUCUCUAUUAAUUUAACACAAAGGAAUUGUAAGAGAAAUCUUCUAUGAUAGCUGACCCAUGAUUUGAUAACGCUUGUUCUACUUUUUUCUCUGAUAUUAUAGGGCACAAAAAUAAAAGAUUCCUUUGAGCGGACGUCUCAAUCGUGGGGCUGUCUCAUCAUCACCCAUCUGCAGUCAUGCGGAUGCUUUAGACAAAACCUACCAGUCCACUAAAAUCUCCACCUCCUCCUCCUCCACACAUGCAGGACUAACCCUGCUACUGCCUUAAGCGCCUCAGUCAUCAUAGCUGCAGUGGAUCUUUCAUGCUUGUAUAUAUUUAGCAGGGCACAGAACAGUCACUGUCACCCACUUGCUGUGAUGUCCAUAGCUGUAGUAUAGUGAAUUAUAGUGGUUUAAAAGCAUAUUUUCAAAUGUUUUGAUUUGAUCAGCCCCCUCAAAACUACAUUUAUAUAAAGUAAUUAAUAGGCUGGAAUUAAUUAAGAAAUUAAAGAGUAAAACAAUGAA